AUGAUACCACCGUCCACGAAGCCCAUCGUGCUAGACGGGCGCACCGGCGAAGGCGGCGGCCAGCUCGUCCGCAUCGCCUGCGGCCUCGCGGCACUCACAUCGCAGCCCGUCACCAUCGAAAACGUCCGUGGCAACCGCGAGGGCGGCCGAGGCGGCGGCCUCAAGGCGCAGCACGUCACGUCGCUGUCGUGGCUUGCACAAGUCACGGGCGCAGAAACCACCGGCCUGGCAGUCGGGUCCAAGACGCUCACAUUCAGCCCCAGGCGGCCGCCGACGGACCUCGUCCAGCGCCGCUCCGAGAUCAAGGCCGACACGGACGCCGCGAGCGCGCUGCUAGUUCUGCAGGCCAUCUUCCCGUACGUCUUGUUCGCGGGCAACCACGCCCGUGAGCCCGUCGUGCUCGAUAUUUGGGGCGGCACCAACGUCCACUGGUCGCUUAGCUACGAGUACUUUGACCAGGUUCUCGCGCCGACGCUGGAGGAGAGGUUCGGCAUCAGGAUGGAGAGGGCGCUCAAGGCGCGCGGGUGGAAUCUUGGCCCGAGAUCAAGGGGCCACAUGACGCUGACGAUUCACCCGGUGCCCAGGGGCGCGACGCUCAGGUUCUCGCCGCCCCCGGAAUACGCCUUUCCGGAAUCAUACCGGGUCCGCAGGGUAGACGCGAGCGUCGUCGUGCCGGGGGCGUCUCACGCGCGUGUGCAGGAGGAGCUCGUCGCCGCGCUGGGCCCUCUGUACCCCGACGCCGACGUCGAGUUCAGGGUGGUGGAGGACUCGGGGAGCGACGCGCGAUGGAGCAUCCUGCUGGUUGCGCACUCCGAGGGCGGGAUUCGCUGGGCGCGCGACUCGCUCUUCUCCAUGCCCAAGAAGCCCAAGACGUCGCGGGACAGGGUGAUCCAGGCCGCGUGCGCCGGUCUCUGCAAGGCGCUCUACGAGGAGACGAGCCUCGGCGGAACGGUCGACGAGUUUCUCCAGGACCAGCUGCUUUCCGUGCAGGCUCUUGCCGAGGGGUACUCGUCCUUUGUCCGGGGCGGGGACCCGGCCGGGUCUUGCACGAAUGGGCCGGUCGGCGAGGAGACGAGGAUGAGGAGGGAAAAGACGCACGAGCCGUUUGGACACGGCUCGACGCACACCACGACCGCAAGGUGGGUGAUUGGCGAGCUGCUCCCCGAGGCUGAGUUCUACAACAAGGGAGACGUGGUCAGGGGCGUUGGCUUCUCUCUACAGGGGCCAUGA